AUGCUCAUGACAAACUCCACUCAGGUGUCAUCUUUCACUCUUGUUGCCUACUUUGACACCGGGCUGUUUAAAUACUUAUAUUUCAUGAUUGUAAUGUCUCUGUAUAUUUUCAUUCUUGUGGCCAACCUGCUGCUCAUCGUGGUGAUCUGCAUGAACAGAAGCUUACAUGAGCCUAUGUACCUGUUCCUGUGCAGCCUGUUUGUGAAUGAACUGUAUGGUAGUACAGGCUUGUUUCCGUUCCUUCUGCUGCAGAUUCUCUCUGACGUUCACACUGUUUCUGCUUCCUGUUGCUUCCUGCAGAUCUUCUGCAUUUACUCUUAUGGAAGUAUAGAAUUUUUAAACUUAGCCGUCAUGUCUUACGACAGAUAUCUGGCAAUCUGUUGUCCUCUGCAGUAUAACUCACGUAUGACAGCUAACAAAGUUGCCAUCCUUGUUGCUCUGAUAUGGUUUCUCAUAUUUCUUGUGAAUGUCGCUACGUUGCCUUUGAUUGUUCCUUUACGGCUGUGUGGAAACACAAUUAACAAGGUGUACUGUGACAACCACUCCAUUGUGAAACUGGCGUGCUCCGACACCAGACUCAACAACAUCUAUGGCCUCAUUGUUAGCUCCUUGUCAGUCUUCGGUCCUCUACUUUUAAUCUUCUACACCUACGUGAGGAUCCUUCAGGUGUGUUUUUCUGGCUCUAAGCAGACGAGGCAGAAAGCCGUCAGCACUUGCACGCCUCACCUGGCCUCCCUGCUCAACUUCUCUUUUGGGGCUUGCUUUGAAAUAUUACAGAGCAGGUUCAACAUGAACUUUGUGCCCAACGUGUUACGAAUUUUCUUAUCUUUGUACUUUCUGACAUGCCCACCGCUCUUCAACCCUGUGAUGUACGGCCUCAAACUGUCCAAAAUACGAGUUACGUGUAAAAGUAUGAUUAAAAAUGUCGGCUGUUAG